AUGGUUCCUGCCCGAUUAAAGUUCCCAGAAGGACUACUGAUAGCUCAGCCCUGGCACGAGGAAGCGUGUUGUGCCUCUCAGAGCGCUUGUGGCCAGUUCUGUGAUUACUGCAAUGCUGCUGAUCCCAGCAAAGCUCACCCGAUAACCAAUGCCAUUGAUGGCACUGAGCGCUGGUGGCAAAGUCCCCCUCUUUCCGUGGGCUUGAAGUACAAUGAAGUCAAUGUCACCCUGGAUCUGGGGCAGCUCUUCCAUGUUGCCUAUAUCCUUAUCAAGUUUGCAAAUUCUCCUCGUCCAGAUCUCUGGGUCUUGGAAAGAUCGGUGGACUUUGGAAAAACUUACACUCCAUGGCAAUAUUUUGCUUACUCAAAAGCAGAUUGCUUGGAGCGCUUUGGAAAGGAAGCAAAUAUUCCUGUGAGGAGGGACAGCGAUGUCCUGUGCACUACUGAGUACUCUCGCAUUCUGCCUCUAGAAAAUGGAGAGAUUGUAGUAUCUUUGGUAAAUGGCCGCCCAGGAGCAAAAAACUUCACUUAUUCCCCUGGUCUUCAAGAAUUCACAAAAGCAACAAACAUCCGCCUGCGCUUUCUCAGAACUAAUACUCUUCUUGGACACUUGAUAUCCAAAGCUCAGCGAGACCCCACUGUGACUCGUAGAUAUUACUACAGUAUAAAGGACAUCAGUAUUGGUGGUCGAUGUGUUUGCCAUGGCCAUGCUGAAGUAUGUAAUCCAAAGAGCGCUGAAAACCAAUACCAGUUUCAGUGUGAAUGUCAGCAUAACACUUGUGGGGAAACCUGUGACCACUGCUGCCCUGGAUAUAAUCAGAAGCAGUGGCAACCUGCAACAGCUGGGAGCACAAACAUAUGUGAACCCUGCAAUUGCCAUGGACAUGCCACUGAUUGCUACUAUGACGCUGACGUUGAUCAGCGUCGAGAAAGCUUAAACAUCCAUGGGCAUUAUGAAGGUGGAGGAGUCUGCAUUAACUGCCAGCAUAACACGGCUGGGAUUAACUGUGAGAAGUGUGCACAAGGUUACUAUCGUCCUUACGGUGUUCCAGUGAGGGCUCCCGAUGGUUGCAUACCCUGCAGUUGCAACUUGGAGCACUCAGAUGGCUGUGAGGAAGGGUCUGGCCGCUGCUUCUGUAAGCAUAAUUUCCAGGGAGACCACUGUGAACGCUGUGCUGAUGGAUUCUAUGGUUAUCCAUUUUGUGUCUAUACUCCUGUAUAUCCUUCUACUUCUUCAGUUCCCAGAGAUGAUGUGGCUGGUGACAUAAUAGAAGGAGGCUGCAAACCAGGGUAUUUUGGCCCUCAGUGUCUGUUGUGCCAGUGCCACGGUGCAGGAGUGCUGGGCAGUGACUGCGAUGGAAGUACUGGGCAGUGCAGAUGUCGAACUGGAUUUGAGGGUUUUUCCUGUGAUACCUGUGCACCUGGCUAUUUUCAGUACCCCUUCUGUCAUGUGUGUGAAUGUAACAUGUUGGGUACCCAGCCUGAAGUCUGUGAUUUCUUCGGGAGGUGUCUUUGUCGCUCAGGGGUCAGUGGACUUCAGUGUGACAGCUGCCAGCCUGGCCACCACUCAUUCCCUACCUGUCAAGAAUGCAGCUGUGAUGUUGUCGGCUCAUUGGGGAAUACAUGUGGUCCUGGAGGGCAGUGUCUGUGCCGUAGUAACUAUGCUGGGCUGAGAUGUGACCAGUGUGCUCCAGGAUAUUACAGCUAUCCCAACUGCUUGCGUGUCAACAGCGAGUGUGACCCUGCAGGUAGCGUUGGUUCUUCCUCUGGAUAUUGUCAAUGUCUCCAGCACGUUGAGGGUCCUACCUGCAGUAAGUGCAAACCCUUGUACUGGAACCUGGCCAAAGACAACCCCAAGGGAUGUACAGCAUGCCAGUGUGAUGUGAGUGGAACACUAAGUGGAGUUGGAGAAUGUCAGCAGGAAAAUGGGCACUGCUACUGCAAAUCUAAUGUCUGUGGUGAUUCCUGUGACGCUUGUGAAGCUGGCUAUUAUGCUCUUGAAAAAAAGAAUUAUUUUGGCUGCCAAGGCUGCGGGUGCGACGUUGGAGGAUCCCUCAGCCCAGCCUGUUCCCAGCCCUGGGGCAGCUGCCAGUGCAGGGCGCACGUCGUGGGCACGACCUGUCGGGAGCCUGAAAAAAACUAUUUUUUCCCUGAUCUGCACCACAUGAAGUUUGAGAUUGAAGAUGGUACUACUGUCCAAGGAGGGAAAGUUCGGUUUGGCUAUGAUCCUCAGGAAUUUCCUAGCUUCAGUUGGAGAGGAUAUGCACAGAUGUCCUCUAUACAAAAUGAAGUGAGGAUAACUUUGAAUGUGGAAAAAUCAAAUCUCUACUUAUUUCGCAUUGUCCUGAGAUAUAUUAACCCUGGAGGUGAAACACUGUCUGGUCACAUAUCUGCUUGUCAGUCUCAGCCUGGAGCAGGGGCUGCUCAGGGCAAAGAGUUUGUCUUCCCACCCAGCAAGGAGCCAGCUUUUAUCACAAUCCCAGGAAAAAGCUCCACAGAGCCUUUCUCACUGGCUCCAGGCACGUGGACUGUCAGUAUAAUGGCAGAGGAAGUCCUCUUGGAUUACUUGGUGCUGUUACCUAGUGAUUACUACGAGGCAUCCCUGUUGCAGAUCCGAGUUACAGAGCCUUGCACACAUCCCAGGCCUGCUUCAGCAGAACACUGCUUGCUCUAUCAGCAUGUGCCUCUGGGCAGAUUUUCCUGUGUCCUUGGUUCAGAAGCAGUGCAUUUCAGACACGGGGGAGAAUCCAGAAGAAUACCUGUGCAACAGCCAAGUCCCAAUCAGCCAGUGAUGGCCCAUAUCAGUGGAAGAGAGGUCAAUUUAGAGAUGACCAUAAAUGUUCCUCAAGUCGGUCGCUAUGUUCUGGUUUUUGAAUAUGCCAACGAAGAUGAUCAGAUGUACACUGCAGAGCUAACAGUACAUAGCCCUGGACCUGUCACUGAAGGCAGAGUGAGAAUAUACAGUUGUAAAUACAGUUUCCUUUGUCGCAGUGUCGUAGUUGAUGACAGGAAUCGCAUUGCAGCCUAUGACCUUCUAGCAGACACAAAGAUACAUCUUAAAGCAUCAUCAAGUCAUUUUCUUCUGCACAAGGUUUGCAUUAUAUCAGCUGAAGAAUUUUCUCCAGAAUACGUGGAUCCUAAAGUACAGUGCAUAGCUGCUUACAGGAGUAACAGUGAUGGAAGUGCAGCAUGCAUUCCCUCAGUUUUUGAAACUCCACCAGGAGCUUUGGUUUUGGAUGCAUUCAAAGAUGGGAAGAUUUCUGAAGUACAGGAGAAUAUACUGCAUGAUCCAUGGAGUGCUGCUUUACCUGCUGGUUCAGUUCAUGGAGUCACCUUGACACCGUUACAGAAUCAGAUCACCUUGAGUGGCAGAGUGCCCCACUUGGGCAGAUACGUAUUUGUGGUACAUUUUUAUCAGCCUGCACACCCAGUGUUCUCUGUGCAAGUCCAUGUGAAUGCAGGACAUGUGUGGUCAGGUACUUUCAAUGCUUCAUUCUGCCCUCAUACUUCUGGCUGUCGGGUUCAGGUGAUUGCAGCAAACCAAAUUGAGCUUGACGUUUCUGAACCCAUGGUCUCUGUUACAGUGAUGAUACCGCACGGAAGAACACUGGUUCUGGAAAAUAUCUUAGUUGUUCCAGCAGACACCUACAGUUACAAAAUUCUUGACAAAAAGGCAGUGGACAAAUCAUUUGAUUUUAUCACCCAAUGUGGAGGAAACAGUUUUUAUAUUGACCCAGAACGAUCAUCAGCCUUCUGUAAGGACUCUGUCAGGUCACUGGUGGCUUUCUACAACAACGGAGCCCUGCCAUGUGCUUGCCACAGCGCAGGGGCCAGGAGCCCUACGUGCAGCCCCCUGGGAGGGCAGUGCAUUUGCAGACCCAACGUCAUCGGUCGCCAGUGCAGCCGAUGCCAGACCGGCUACUAUGGAUUCCCAUUUUGCAAGUUAUGCAAUUGUGGGCAGCGUCUUUGUGAUGACAUGACUGGUAAAUGCAUUUGCCCUCCACGAACUGUGAAGCCAAAAUGUGAAGUGUGUGAGAAAUAUUACUUCAGUUAUCAUCCUCUUGCUGGCUGCAAAAGCUGCAACUGCUCAGAAAAAGGAAUUGUUGAUGUGGCAAGCCCAGAAUGUGAUAAAACCAGUGGACAAUGCAAAUGCAAACCAGGAGUAAAAGGACGUCAGUGUGAUCAGUGUGCUCCUGGAACUUAUGGUUUCCCUAACUGUGUGCCAUGUAGCUGUAACAGAGAUGGAACAGAACCAGAUGUUUGUGAUCCCCAGACAGGAAUUUGUCUUUGCAAGGAAAAUGUGGAAGGUGCAGCAUGUGACACUUGCAGGCCAGGAUUCUUUUAUCUGAACCCCUCUAACCCCAGGGGAUGCACACCUUGCUUUUGUUUUGGGGCAACCAGCGACUGUCGCAGCACGGAUCGUCGUAGAACCAAGUUUGUGGAUAUGAGGAACUGGCACUUGGAGGCAGUAGAUGAAAAUAUGGACAUUCCAGUCACUUUCAAUCCAGUCAGUAACAGUGUGGUGGCUGAUGUUCAAGAAUUGCCAGCUUCUGUGCAUAAUUUGUACUGGAAAGCACCACCAUCCUACCUGGGAGAGAAGCUUUCUUCAUAUGGUGGCUUCCUAAGUUACCAAGUGAAAUCUUUUGGCUUACCUAGUGAGGGCAUGGUUCUUCUGGAUAAGAAGCCUGAUAUACGACUAACAGGCCAACAAAUGGAAGUUGUUUAUAUGGAUCCCAACAACCCACUGCCUGAUCGUCAGUAUUAUGGCCGAGUGCAGCUGGUUGAG